GCUGCCAAACUUAGACCUUACUUGAUCUGAUUUGAUACUCUACCAAGUACUAGUACUACUAACAUUUCCAACUUCAAUUUCCUCAAAUUCCUAUAAAAAAAUCCUAAGCUAGGGCCUAGUAAGUAGUAACACUCCCUAAUUAAUUGUUAAACUAUGGAAGUUACCAUUAACAUAUUGCUAAUUUUCUUCAUCUUCCUCCCUCCUACAUUAAGCAAAGGAGAAAGGUACAAUGUCAUCAAUUUCGGGGCAAAACCCAACUCGGAAACAGACUCAUCAGACGCGAUUUCGAGUGCAUGGAAGGCGGCAUGCCAUGUAGCAACUAAUUCAUUGGUACCACCAACUAUAUAUGUGCCUAAAGGAAGGUACUUAAUUGGAAAUGCCCUUGUGUUUUCAGGCCAUAAUUGUAAGCCUAUACUGAAAAAUCAGGGAAUCAUCCUUAGAAUUGAGGGCACCUUAGUUGCUCCAGUUGAUUAUAUGGUCUUAGGAAAUGCAAUGAAUUGGCUCUCUUUCGAGUCAGUCGCCGGCGUUACCAUCUCUGGUGGCUCUCUUGAUGGUCAAGGUAGCAGUUUGUGGGCUUGCAAGGCUAACGGAAAUAGUAACUGCCCAACUGGUACUACGAAUCUGGCCUUCAAAAACUCGAAAGACAUUAUAAUUAACGGGUUAAGAUCACUAAACAGCCAAUUAUUUCACAUUGUAAUCAAUGGGUGUGACAACGUUCAAGUACAAGGCUUAAAAAUAUUAGCCUUAGGAAAAUCUCCCAACACCGAUGGCAUUCAUGUACAGCAAUCCAACAAUGUUGUUAUCAGGCAUUCUAAGAUUGGAACAGGGGAUGAUUGCGUCUCUAUAGGCGCUGGCACGAUAAAUUUGAUGAUCUACAACGUCAUUUGUGGUCCUGGCCAUGGCAUUAGUAUUGGGAGCCUAGCAAAGAAUUUGGAUGAGGCGGGAGUACAAAAUGUGACAGUUGCAGAUGUAGUGUUUAAGGGUACGCAAAAUGGUGUUAGGAUCAAAUCCUGGGGAAGGCCCAGCAAUGGUUUCGUUAAGAACGUUCUCUUCAAAGGCAUCACUAUGAAUCAUGUUCAAAAUCCAAUUAUUAUUGAUCAAAAUUAUUGCCCAAACAAUAGAGAUUGUCCUGGCCAGGUUUCAGGUAUAAAAAUUAGUGACAUAAUAUAUGAAGACAUCCAUGGAUCAUCAGCAACCGAAGUCGCUGUAAAGUUUGAUUGCAGCCCAAAGUAUCGAUGCACAAACAUUAAAAUGGCGAACGUUAAACUUACAUAUAAGAAGCAAUUAGCUACAUCAUCUUGUAGUAAUGCUGGAGGAACAGUUACUGGCAUCGUCGAGCCAACUAGCUGCAUUAUAGAGACUACUAAACUAAAAUUUACGGGCAAUAAUUCAUACUGA